GUAUAACAGCUUGACUCACUAUUCACUGAGUCCUUAGGUUCCUUAGCAAAUAAUUAUAACAAGGCAAUACCUUUGCAGGAUUCGCGUAACUGUGCCUUUUCAGCGGAUGUACAUUAAAUAAUCGUAUUAAGUUUUAAUCUUUAGUAGAGUUAAUGUCUGGAGCACCGUAUUAUGAAGAUGACGGCGAGUCAUUGAAUUCUGGAACUUAUCCUUUUCCAUUUGCCGAUGAUCGUAGAUUUCCAAACUCAUUGCAGCAAGCUAUUUUCCAUGAAGAUGAUUCAGGACGAGGUAGCGCUGGUGAUUCUGCUUUAAUUGACCCACCGUUUCAUGAUAUAUCAAAAUCAAACGUGAACGCGGCCGAUCCCAUGGAGAGCGACUUUAGCCAAUUUCAGCCAGCAAGCAAAGAACAGGAUUUUCACCCCUUAUCGAAUAACGGCUCUAAGGAUGACUUGUUAUUGACCGAAGACGCGAAUGGACUGAAAGACAAAGGCGGAAUGCCUUCUUCAACCAGUCCGCAUCGACCAGAAAGCGGUUCUCCAAAAAGUCAUGAAGCGCACAUCAAGAGGAAUACACCACUGCCGCCUCAUGGCGCAUCACCUCUCCCUCCAAUGUCCAUUGCCAUGAAUUUUGCCCGGAAGAAGGCUUGGCCUGCAAGUUUAGCUAUUGAACGUGAUAACACCGCUGAUGCUAUUUUUUCGAGAGAAGAAGGUAAAGAAGAGCAAUUUACUUUAGAAGGUGUUAAAACAAAAUCAGGACGUAAAGUCCACCGACCCAAUCAUUUUGAUCCUUUGGUAAAAUUACCCACUAGAAAGCGUGGCCCUGGUCGACGGCCUACUAUUGCAUUAACUAUGAAAUGUUGCGUAUGUCAACGUUUACAAUCACCACCUAAAAACCGCAUUGUUUUCUGCGAUGGUUGUAAUACUCCAUUUCACCAACUUUGCCAUGAACCCAAUAUACCCGAUUCUUUGUUGGAUUCUUCGAGCGCUGAAUGGUUUUGUAACGCUUGCUCAAUGCGAAAACAUCAAAAACCGUUAAGCAUGGGUUCCACUGCGAAGGAACUAAGUUUAUCCAUAGAAGAAAGAAAGUCUUAUUUAAUUAGCCUACCAACAUCACAUUUGGUUGACAUUCUGCUCACGUGUGAACAAACUCAUCCGGAAUUACCAGUAAUAAGUCCAAAAGCCGCCUCCUUCAUUCAAAACUCCAAACAAGAAAAAACGCCGAUUGUUCCCUCAGAAGCACUACCUCAGUCGAAUUUUGCUAAUAUUUCAUCUGACCCAAACGAGAUUUCUCAAGCAAAGCUUCAAGGAUUAACUUCUUCAAGUUUUAACUUGAGUUCCGCUGAUCCAAUUGCUUCUCAAGACCAUAUUUUUCAAUUUUCUGAAAGUAUUCCAUCUAUCGAUGACUACAUGCAAACUCACAGUAACGCUGACGAGGUGAUGCUUGAAGUGUUAGAGAAGUUUCCAGCUGUGGCCUCGCUUGAUUCUAUAUUUAAUUACAUUCACAGUAAUUACGGAGAUAAACACAUAAAUAAUUCAGAUAUAAUCAGAACACUAAACCGGUUAGUGCGAAAAGGGCGUGUGCUUCGAGAUGCGACUGGUGUUUCAUACGAAUUGGACCGAACAUUUGAUAGACAAAAGCCGUCCAUUCGUAAUGAUAUAUCUGUAACUGGACCCAUACCCAUUGAUUUUAUGUUGUACACGCCAAACACUGACGAAUUAGAAGAAUCUUUUUGUACUCAUUAUGUUUUCAACGACUCAGCUGUACUUUAGUCAACUUUUUACGCUAUAAUCUUUAGGAGCUUGCAUUACAUACCCCCAAAAAAUUUACUAUCAAUUUAUUUUACAAAGUGAAUGAAAUGAACGUUGGAUGAAUACCCAGAUAUUAUUACGCACAUAGAGCAAUUACUG